GAUAGAAAAAAUAGAAAACAAAACAAACACUCCUUGUAAUGUCCCCACGAAGUCAUGUAUCAGCUUCCCUUAUUUGUUACCAUUUUUGUACCACGUCUCAUGAUAAAUUCCGUUAGGGAAUCAAGGAAUCGAGUUACAAUGGUAUCAUAUAAUUCAUGUAUCACGCAUCCAACUACCAGUAUGUUGGGGUUCCGUACGUGUCCGCAAUGAUUUUUAAAUACCAAAAUAAAUGUCUACCUUUUAUUGAAUUAGUUGUACAUUCAGGUAUACUGUGGGGUGGGGUAUUCAGUUUCAAAUCAAUUUGAUGUGACCGUAAUCUCAAUUAAGUUUUGCCCAGUUUACGCUAUAUCAGUCACAUACUUUCUAUUACUCACGACGUUUCUAUUGACCCCACUUGACGAACGUGAACUAAACUGUGCUUCAAGAGCUUUGGCGACACAGUGUUAUGUCAAAUGCAUGUCAAGAGGAAGUACAUACGAGAUUUAAGCGUCUUUGUGAAAUUAUUUUAAUGUACUUAGUCACGGAUUAAACCAAAGUACUUAAUCACUGGCAUUUACUGAUAGUCCUUCAUCCAAUAUUUGAUAUAGGUCACUGAUAUAUCUCAAUAAAGUCAUAGCCUACAUGAACAUGCUGUUUCUUUGUGGGAUUCGAACUGUCUCAAGUAUGCCUUAUCCAAAAGCAAUUGAGACGAUGCCAUAUUUAGAGUUACUUCCCUUCGGACAUAGCUCUACGACAGCGCAAGACAUUUCCAUUGGGCUGUCGCUGUAAGGAGUUUUAAGAAAAACAAAGCACGUCGCUUCAGUCUUCCCAGUCAUGUGUGCAGGCGUGAUCCAUCGUCUGACGUAGAACCGUGUUGUAAUCUUGUUUCACAUGUGGUGUUCACCAACUGAAGAAGAUGUGUGGAGGAAAACAUGCUCAAGGCAAUAAUAUCCAAGCAUGGCAAAACGAAACCAAGAACAGAUAAGUAACGCUAACAGAGACCAGAACACAAGGCAAGCUGAAUGUGUGGAAGGACAAGAAACAAGCCUAGAACAGAUAAAUAACGCUAUCACCAAAUGUGAGAGAGAACCUCAGGGAACAAACUUUCCCAGUGUAAUUGAAGUCCGACGUCAUGAGUGCAGUGAGUGUGGGAAAAGAUUUAAAAGACUGGGACACCUAAAGACACACAUGUUGUGUCACAGUGGAAUCAAGCCCCAUGAAUGUGUUGAAUGUGGCAGAACAUUUUCACAAACCGGUAACCUGCAGAUCCACAUGCUGAAUCACAGCGGGCUCAAACCUUACGAGUGUACAGUUUGUGGGAAGACGUUCAAGCAGACAAGUAACUUACAGAAUCACAUGCUGUAUCACAGUGGAGUCAAGCCAUAUGAGUGUACAAUCUGUGGGAAGAAAUAUACUCAGUCCAGUAACUUGAACACUCAUAUGAUCAGUCAUGGUGGAGUGAAGCCUUUUGAGUGUACGGAGUGUGGGAAAGCGUUCAUUCAGUCAGCUCAUCUACUCCGACACAUGAUUGUCCACAGUGCGGUCAAGUCUAACUAUGUCUGUAUGGAAUGUGGGAAGACAUUUGGACUCUGGCAUAAUCUGAAGAAACACAUGAGAAGUCACAGUACGAUAAGACCUUUUGAGUGCAAUGAGUGUGAAAAGACAUUUACAGAAUCCAGUGACCUUCAGAGACAUAUGCUAUGUCACAGGACAGAUGAGCCAUUUGAGUGUAAAGAGUGUGGGAAAACAUUCAGACAACGGGGUAACUUACAGAAACAUUCAAAGUGUCAUAGUGGGGUCAAGCCUUUUGUGUGUGGGGAGUGUGGUUGGGCGUUUUCACGAUCAGGUAACCUUCAGGAACAUAUGAAGAGUCACAGCGGAGUCAGGCCGUUUGAGUGUGGGGUUUGUGGGAAAGCUUUUGCCCGGUCAGUGAAGCUGCACAUACACAUGAGGAGCCACACUGGUGAGAAACCUUGUAAGUGCAGUGUUUGUGGGAAAGGAUUUAGUGAAAAAAGUAGUCUGAAUGUACACAUGAAGCGCCACGGUGGUGUGAAACCUUUUCAGUGUAGUGAGUGUGGGAAAGCGUUCACAACAUCCGGGCAGCUUCAGAUGCAUUCACGGAGCCACAGCGGAGUCAAACCUUACAAGUGUGAUGAGUGUGAGAAGACGUUCACAGGGUCAAGCAACCUUCAGACACACAAGAGGCGACAUCACAGCGGAGUCCAGUCUUACGAGUGUGAUGUCUGCCGGAAAGUAUUUAAGAAAUCUGGGUUUCUGGAGAGACACAGAAACCACAAACACAGUGAACACAAUGAACACGGUGAAGCAGAUCCAGUGAAUAAUUAAAUGAGGUGUAGUUUGGAUGGUCAACCUGCAUACAAUUUUCAGCAUCUUGUUUAGUGGAGAAGCAACACGCAUGAUAAGGUAAUACUGUGUUGUACCAUGGUACGAGGCUCAUGAUCAUAAUGAUGCACUGAUUUACAACUCCUGUGUCAGAUUCAUUACAACUUAUGUUGAAUAACUUUUCAAGAACCAGUUUAUACAGAUUCUCCAGUAU